AUGAAAAGCUAUUCUUCUUAUGGACAACGCGCCAUCUCAUCCAGAUAUGCAAGUGAAUUGGUUAGUGGUGACAUAAAAGCUGUUUUCUUGCCACCAAAUGUCACAUCUCUUAUUCAACCUCUGGACCAAGGCGUUUUAGAGGCUAUGAAACGGCACUAUCGACGAAGGCUUCUCCAAGUGUUGUUGACAUGGUUGGACGAGGGAAUCACGGUAACUGCAGCACUUAAAAAGAUCACCGUUAAGGACGUCUCAUACUGGAUAGCUUCAGCGUGGGAUGAUGUGAGAGUGUCAACUUUGCAAAAGUCAUGGCGAAAACUUUUCCAAAUUCAAACAAGAAGCAAUGAAAAUGGUAACAACAACUGUGUCGCUGAAAUAGUAAACCUCGCUAAUCAGUUACCAACGGAACUGCUGAUAAAUGAUGACGUCAACGAGUGGUUCAUGCAAGACCAGCAAAUGGAACUUACUGAUGAUGCGAUUGCCGAUAUGGUCACCAACCCUCACAACGUCGCAGAUGAUGACACCGACGAGAUAGUGGAAAAAAUAUCUCACUCCGAUGGAUUGAAGGCGCUCGAAGCUGCUCUCUCCUACAUUGAGCAACAGGAGGAGUCAACCCCUGCCGAUGUCCUUCAUCUUCAGCGUUAA